AUGGAUUCAAGAGGGCAGGAUGACGAGACGCGCCAAGUACGGCGGAAACCAGUCCCCUCGUACGUUCCGCCGCUUGGGUACGACGAGGCCCUGCUGCUCUCAUCUGCGCAUACCCACGUCUACGAUUGGGAACAGGAGCUUGAGUCCACGGCACGCCCUUCCGACGAACCUCGAAGCACGGAGAUUGGAAGAGAUCUACCCUCCAAGUCAACCUUUGCGAGCGGCGAGACGGAAUACGAGCUGGUGAAGACAUCGAGCGCCGAGAAGACGAGGAACAACACAAGGCGGUCUCCGCGACGUCGAUGGCAGAUCCUGAAAGGGUGGUGGCCAGAGAUCAUAUGGUGCUUGAUCAGCGUUGUAUGCAUCAUCGUUCUCGUCUCGGUGCUCAGGUCGUACGACAAUCAGCCACUGCCGAACUGGCCCCUUGGUCUGACGCUCAACACCGUCGUGGCCUUCAUCUCUACAUUCUGUCGCACGUCGUUCGUUCUCCCAGUCGUCGAAAGUCUAUCGCAGUACAAAUGGAACUGGUACAAGUCGCCGAGGCCAUUGGGUGAUUUUGCGGUCUUUGACGAAGCCAGCCGCGGGCCGUGGGGCAGCUUGAAGCUGCUGCUUAGGACGAAGGGCCGGCUGGUCGGAAUUCUCUCAGCCGUCAUACUGGUUUCUGGGAUUGCGACCUCAACGCUGACACAAUCCGUUGUCACUUACCCUACUCGUCAGAUUGCGAUUCCCGGAAACGAGACCGCACUUACACGAAGGAACAAUGAGUACUUCUGGGCGACUGCCAACGGACCUUCUCGAAGUUCGUCAUCUAGCCCAAUUAAUACAUAUAUUUUCAAAGUUGACCUUUUUGCAGGAGAUAUCAUGUUCCCGAUCAACCAGAUUAUUCCUCGAAGUCUUUACACCCCACCUAACGAGGUAAUGCCCUAUUAUCAAGCCAGUUGCCGAUCGAACAACUGCACCUGGGACGACUUCACCUCACUUGCCGUAUGCGUUGACAUGAAGAACCUUCUCGAGACUGAUGGCGACCCCAUCGAAAUGGGCACGAACUCCUCGCUUCCUAACGGCUUGAAGUUACAGAGAAGCUAUGGGUAUGGCAAUUUGAACAUCUCCAGCGGCCCGAGUCUAGCAUUCAACGGUACCGACGCCAUGGGAGCCAAGAUAUGGAACUUCUUCGUGAUUAACGGUCCCCGGCUACGAGCCACUGAGAUCAUGCUGCACUGCAACGUGACAUACUUGACAUCUCCAGACAACCCGGGCAAGAAGUAUGUGGCCGACGGGAUGGGACCUGCUGAGAUUGCUGCUAUUCUCGACUCGACUCUAUCGGGGACCUACAUUGACGGUGGUACAUACAUGUUUCAGAACGGGACCCAAAUCUAUGGGACAGCUUUAUCGCGAGCUGCAAUCGGCAUCAAUGAGACAACCGAGUCUCAGAAGCUGGAUGACGCCCUGUUUACAACGCUUCGCAACCUUACUGAGAACAUUGCCAGUGGCCUCACGAAUGCUCUCUUGGUCAGUAACGUCAGCGGGACUGCGUGGCAGGAGGAGAGAUUCGUCUCGAUCCGGUGGCCUUGGUUGACGCUACUGGCGGCUCAGGUCGGACUCUCGAUUCUGACCUUGGCCAUCAUCAUGGUGGAGACUGCUAGUCUAGACAUUGAGAUUGUCAAGGGCUCGCCUCUCCCGGCACUCUUGGCAGUGCACCCAGAUGAGAAGAGUGUGCUACUAGGGGAUCAUGUCGAGGAAACACCCAACAAGGAUAGCAGGCUACCGCACCUGAGGGCAUCAGGUAUUACCGGAGGGCUACGGAGAGACGGAGAGGACUGGGUUCUUCAGAGCAUCAAAAGAUAG